AUGGAUCGAAAAUUCCGCAGGGAUGUCGAGUUGAAAAAUCAAUACGUCGAGUUUAUGCGGGAAUAUAUAGCAUUAAGUCACAUGUCCCUUGUGACGGAAAACAAACUUGAGAAACCGAUUCAUUUCCUUCCGCAUCACGCGGUCAUGAAGGAAUCCAGUAGUACGACCAAAUUACGCGUCGUAUUCGACGGCUCCUGUAAAACUACCUCAAAUCAUUCACUAAAUGAUAUACUCAUGACUGACUCGACCAUUCAGCAGGAUUUAUUUUCAAUUAUACUACGAUUCAAGCAGCAUCCUUAUGUUAUCACCGCCGAUGUAGCCAAGAUGUACCGUCAAAUCAACGUGAGUGACAAGCAUAGAAAUUUACAAUGCAUCGUAUGGCGAUUCAAUUCCGACGAACCAAUCAGUACGUUUCGGCUGAACACAGUUACGUAUGGCCUGGCCUCGUCACCAUUUCUAGCGAUCCGAAGCUUACACCAAGUAGCACUGGAUCACAAAACCGAAUCUCCCAUAGCAAGUCAAAUCAUUCUUCGAGAUUUCUAUGUCGACGACUUAUUGACCGGAGCUGACACUCUCGAAGAAACGCAAGCCAUCAAUUUAGAGGUCACGUCCAUUCUACAAUCCGCAGGUUAUGAACUACGUAAAUGGACGUCCAAUUCAUCUUCAAUCGUCACCGCAAUCGAAUCCUCAGCCUCCGAAGCGACGUACGAGAUCGGCGAAUCCGUAAAAACGCUUGGCUUGUGUUGGCGACCUCGAGAGGAUCAACUCGAAUAUGCUGUAUGCCGUUCACAAUCUUCGCAAAGGAUCACAAAAAGAACAAUUCUAUCCACCAUAUCACGGAUCUUUGACCCACUAGGUCUAGUUGGUCCAGCCACCAUUAAGGCAAAAAUCAUGCUACAACGUUUGUGGCAACUGAACCUCAAGUGGGAUGAAUCGGUACCACUGGACAUAUACACGACAUGGAAUCAUUACGAAGGUCAACUUCCUCAUCUCGGCAACAUAAGGAUACCGCGAUUGGUACGCACGAUGGAUGCCGUACAAACUGAACUGCAUGGCUUCUGUGAUGCAUCGGAAUUAGCGUACGGGGCAUGCCUGUACAUCCGGACGUCCACUCAGGAGGGUGCUCACACGACUCAUUUAUUAUGCGCCAAAUCACGAGUUGCACCAUUAAAGAAAAUUUCAUUACCACGACUCGCAUUAUGCGGCGCACUGCUGCUUUCAAAAUUAAUCCACCAGGUACGUCAGGCACUGACUAUACCAUUCAAGGAAGUUUUCUGUUGGUCCGAUUCAACUAUCACCUUGGCCUGGAUCAAGGGCGAACCACAUCGAUGGAAAACCUUUGUCGCCAAUCGAGUAACCGAGAUUCAGCAACUCAGUCAACAAUCCAACUGGAAUCACGUAAUCUCAGAGGAUAAUCCAGCUGAUAUCAUCUCACGUGGUUGCGAUCCAAUCGAUUUGAGAGAUUCAGAACUCUGGUGGACGGGACCAACGUGGCUCUCCAGGGAUUCAUCGCAUUGGCCGCAACAAACUCAGCAACAUUCUGAAGUAAUACCAGAGUUGAGACAACCACAUGUAAUAUUCGCUCAUGUCAAUCAAUCGUGCCAACUAUUCGACAGAUUUUCGUCACUUAAUCGGCUUCAACGUGUACUUGCCUACUGCCUGCGAUGGAAGACUAUAGUUAAGGAUCGAAACAUCGUUACCUCGGGACAUUUAACCGUUGCUGAACUUGACAAAUCUUUAAAGGUCUUAAUAAAACUCAUGCAAUCGUAG